AUGGCAUUGGAGAUAGAGAUUAAGGAUUUAAUAGUGUUCAGUGAUUCCGAUUUGCUCGUACAUCAAACACUCAAAGAAUGGAUUACUCGAGAUUCAAAGAUCUUGCCAUAUCACUGCAGUUUAUUAGAUUUGGCGAACAAAUUCAGAAGUUCAGAGUUUAGGCAUAUUCCACGCGCCCGAAAUAUUUUUGCUGAUGCUUUGGCUACUUUAUCUUUAAUGAUUCAACAUCCAGACGAGUUGGUGAUUGAACCUAUCCAGAUUCAGUUACGAGAAAAGCCUGCUCAUUGUCUGGUCGUGAAAAAAUCUUCUGAUGGUCGUCCUUGGUAUAGCGAUAUCAAGGAAUUUCUCAAAACAAGGUCUUAUCCUCCAGGUGCUGAUACAACUGCUAAAAGCUUUCUGCGUAGAUUAUCAUCCAAGUUUUUCUUGAAUGGAGAGGUGAUCUACAAAAGGACGUCAGACUUAGGCCUUCUAAGAUGCGUUGAUAAAGAUGAAGCAGAUUAUUUGAUAAAAGAAAUGCACAGUGGUGUAUGUCGAUCACAUAUGAAUGACCAUUUAUUAGCAAAGAAGAUCAUGAGGAUCGGAUAUUUUUGGCUUACUAUGAAGCAUGAUUGUGUAGUUUUUGUUAGAAGAUGCAUUAAAUGUUAG